GCAAACGCUCCAUUGGGUGUUCGAAGAAGAAUGUGGCGCAGCUGCAUUUGAGACCGAUUAUAUUCUCACACAAUACGCUGGCAAGAAAGGAUCUCCCGAUCUUGCAAGCUUAAAAAGCAUUAAUCUUAUUCUCUCUCGUUUUCGUUUUAUUUAAAGAAAAAAAAGAAAAAUAACGACUGGAAGUCCUAUAUUUUAAAUUUAAAGUAGCGUUAAAGCCGCCUUAAAAGAUGGCGACAGCGGACGACUCGCGCUACUAUAAUGAGCAUGAUGACCGUGUUGGUGGACCAAAGCAUCGUAACCGUAAAGGCAGAGGCCCUUUUAGAGCCCCCCUGUACAGUGAUCAGAUUUCUCGACCGAGGCAUCGAGGCGGUCACAGUGGUGGUGGUGGAGGAGGAGGAGGAGGAGGUGGCGGCCCUGGACCUCGUUCCAGACUUCAGGAUGAUGAUGGAGAUGUGACCAUGUCAGAAGGUCCUCAAGACGGUGGCUCCCAGCGCAGAUUCAAUCCAUAUGGCCGGCCACAGAAUCGCCGCGAGAAUCGCAAAGGUGGACGUGGUGGUGGAGGCGGCGCCGGUGGAGGUGGAAAUGAAGAUAGAGGAGGCAAUCGAUAUGGAGGCAGAGGUGGUGGAGGUGGCGGUGGUUCUGAUGGAAAUCGCAAGAACUGGUUUAAGAUGACUAUUCCUUUCGGGAAGAAAUAUGAAAAAGAUUGGCUUUUGUCUUCGCUUCAGAGCGUCUGUUCCAUGCCAUUCCAUGCCGUUCACUAUCACACUGAUGGCAACAAGGCCCAGUUUUAUGUUGAAGAUGCCACAACUGCUAACGCUUUGUUUAAAGUGUCGCGGAAAAUAACAGACAAAGAUGGAUAUAAGGUGACUGUUAUUAUGAACAGCUGCCCACCUCCCACAUUGAUUCACACUGAUCUGAAGGCCGCAGAUCUGGAGCAUUUGAAGCAAUGCAUGGCCAAACGCUUUGAUGGGUCACAGCAGGCACUUGAUCUGAACAACAUCAGAGUUGAUCCAGAUUUGGUUUCUCAAAAUAUCGAGGUCACUUUGAAUCGGAGGAACUCCAUGUUGGCGGUUAUCAAAAUAAUUGAGGAGAACAUUCCUGAGCUUCUUUGUCUGAACCUGAGCAACAACCGGUUAUACAGGCUGGAUGACUUGGCAGAUAUUGUCAACAAAGUUCCCAACUUGAAGAUUCUCAACCUGUCACAAAAUGAGCUGAAGACGGAGAGAGAGCUUGACAAACUGAAGGGUCUGAAGCUGGUGGAACUCUCUUUGGAGGGAAAUCCGUUAUGUGGACACUACAAGAACCAGACUGACUAUGUCAGUGCCAUUCGGGAACGAUUCCCCAAGCUGCUUAAACUGGAUGGACACGAUCUUCCGCCUCCCAUUGGUUUUGAUUUGGAAGUCGCUCCUGCGACUCUUCCCCCAGCCAAGGCUAGCUACUUCUGCUCUGAAGAAAUCAAGAACAUCAUCCUUUGCUUCCUGCAACAGUAUUACAGCAUAUAUGAUUCAGGAGACAGACAACCCCUAUUGGACGCCUACCAUGAUGGUGCAGCUUUUUCCCUCAUCAUUCCCUUCACCCUGCAGAACCCUUCAAAGUACAGUAUAGGGGAGUAUCAGAAAGACUGUCGCAACAUCAGGCGUAUGAAAGAUGACCCUACUACACGGUUUCGUUUGAUGAAACACACACGAUUAAACGUGGUGGCUUUCCUGAACGAACUCCCCAAAACUCAACAUGACAUCGCCUCCUUCAUCGUAGACGUCAACACCUACACAGCUACAUUGUUGGCUUUUACAGUCAGUGGAGUUUUCAAAGAGAAUAGCAAAUCCAGAGACUCGUACAGAGCCUUCUCUCGAGUGUUCAUCGCCGUUCCUGCUGGAAAUGCUGGUCUGUGCAUUGUGAAUGACGAGCUCUUCGUCCGAAAUGCCACUACGGAGGAAAUUCGACGUGCAUUUGUUGCUCCCGCCCCCACGCCGUCCAGCAGCCCUGUGCCCACUCUGUCCGCCCCGCAACAAGAAAUGCUUGCUGCCUUCUCCCUAAAGUCAGGCAUGAACCUAGAAUGGUCUCAGAAGUGCCUACAAGACAACGAUUGGGAUUUUGAGAGGGCUGCCCAAAUCUUCACCGGCCUUAAGGCACAAGGAAAAAUCCCAGAUGUUGCGUUCGUCAAAUGAAGUUAUUGUUAUGGGUUUUACGGAAACCCUAAACCGCAAGGGCGCGAGGGGUCUUUCUCAUUCUACCUUCCCACUAAAAUAAAUUGUAAUUAUUUUCUCCGUAUUUUUUUUGGUCUUAUUUUAUUUUUUUCCUCUAAAGAAAAUGGUUCUCAAUUUCUUACAAAUGGAAAAUCAAGUUUACAAGCAAAAAUAAGACAGGAAAUAGGAAAAAAAAUAACUCAGGAAGGCACUAAGACCAUUUUCCCCCCCACUGUGAAUUUUUUAAUUAUUUGGUGCUUUUUUUUUUUUUUCUCCCCAACUUUGCGGUUCAAGGUUUCCGUUCAUUUUAACUGUCGUCAUGUCCGAUGUGGGGACAGAUAUGACAAAUAAAGUACUUGUUCAUUGCUUGUGUUUUGUAAAAUAAAUAUUAACCGUGAUCUUA